UACAAAACACAUGGUGUUCUUUCGCAGCUCCCGCCUGGUUGGAAGCGUGAAGAAGUAUUCCGUUGUAACGGUUUAAAUAGUGGAAAAUCCAUUGUAUUCUACGUUACUCCAACAGGUCAGCAAGCCAGGACUCCCAAAGAGCUUCAGCUUUUACUGGGUGAUAAAUUUGACGUUGCUGACUUUGAUUGGCGUUCUGGAAAAUUUUCUAGCCAGUCUUUGAAGUCUAAGAUAAGUGACUCUACUCCAAAGAGUAAGUGUCUUGUGUCCUUAUUUCCGGUAGACCGCUCGGACGAUCAAACUGAUUGGUUCAGUCGGCGCGCCGCUCCUCCGCUUCCCAAACCGUUAAUUAUCUCUUCGCAUAACGACAGCAAACGAAUUGAAAAACCAACAACUAUGGAUUGCCCUAAACAGCUUUUUAGUGAGCUUCGUUUAAGUGACUCCCGGGCGAUUGAUAGUCGUACCGGUUUUGCACUUCCAGCACCUACCCUCCCAAAAAUAAUCCAAGCUGCCGGUGCACCUGGAUAUAAUGAAUUCCAUCUCAUUCAUAACCUAAUGUCUGCAUUAUCCGGUGCCUCUUGCCCCAUUACUGGCCAAGAUCAGCCAGUUCCGACAAUUGAGAAAAACCCUUGUGCUACACUGAAUCAUGCUCAACCCUUUGUAAAGAACUUAAUAGUUACAGACGAGGAUAUUAGGAAACAGCAACAUCGCGUCAAGGAACUCCGUCGCAAGCUUGAGGCUGCAAGGAGGAAGUAUAAUCCGAGGUAUUCAAAUGACCGUGAGGGAUGA